AUUCCAGUCGAGAGUCUUCCGCCGUACGGAACUAAUUGAAUUGCUGUGCUUGCGUACUGCGUACCGAGAGUUUGCCCUCGGCAAUUACCACUCCAAACGCUUGAACCAAUCUAGGUGAACAAAGUGGAACAAAUUUGUUGGAAAAAUAUUUGCAUCGCAGUUCGCGGAAAAAGGAACAACCCAGCUGGCCCGGGGGAAAUGUGAAGAAAGCAGUGUUAGAGUGAAUCCUGGAGGAAUAAAGUUGCACGCAGCAGAAGGCGAUCUGAUUGCAUUCAAUUUAACUAGUGUUGGAAAAGCUCAAAAAGUCAAGUGGUCGAGUGAAGGAAGACAGGGAACAACUUACACAAUGAAGACCAACGGCAACAGUAUGCAUUACUUCACCGAGUCUUCCGACGAUGAUGAUGAGGAAACUCUGAUGAUUAAAAAAGUCCACCAGGACAACAAACUGUGGGACUCCUUCCAGGACCCGCCGGUCCAGCAGACGUCCGGCUCGGCGGCCAGCCAGGAGUACCUGGUGGUGUUCAUCAAGGGGCUGAAGGUGUUCACGUACGCGUUCGUGUUCCUCGUAACGCUGGCCGCGGCCUGCUUCUCCAAGAUGUCCCUGCUGCUGAUGACGUCCAACAUCCGCGAGGGCACCAAGAACCGGUACUGUGACGCACGGCAACCCGACAAGCAGUUUGAGGCGUUUAUCCCGACGGAGCAACGGAUUGCGUGGAUGUGGGCGAUAAUUCUUUCUUUUGCAAUACCGGAGAUUGGGACGCUCAUUCGAGCGGCCCGGAUCUGCUUCUUCAAAAAUAUCCCACGACCUUCGUGGGGUCAGCUGGCAGUGGUGACGCUGAUGGAGAGCUUCCACGUGGCCGGUCUUGCCAUGCUGGUGUUCAUUGUGUUCCCGAAUCUGGACGCCGUCAAGGCCGCCAUGUUGACCAACUGUGUUUGCCUGGUUCCGGGGAUUUUGGGACUGCUGUCCCGUUCCGUAAACGAAUCCAAACUUCCCUUCAAGUACACCAUCGACGUGCUGGCCAUCAGUGCUCAAAUUACGGGGUUCGUAGUUUGGCCACUUCUAAGCAACCAGUUGGAACUGUGGUUCAUCCCGGUGUCCGUGUUCCUGGUGUCCUGCCAUUGGUGGGAGAACUACCUUUCUCUCAAGAGUUACUUCCGACCAUUUGCCACCCUCGCCAACAUCAAGGAAAAGCUGACCGAGUCCCGCUACUACACGUACCUCUUCAUGGCCCCGUACAAAAUUGUCUUCUUCCUGAGUGCUGCGAUUUUCGUGUCCGGCCAGUCGGUCACAAACUUUUUCGCCAUGUUCGCCACCGGUUGGGGCAACCACACCAUCGUGGUGCGCGAGAUGGAGGCAAUCCUGAGCGAAAAAUUCCCGGACCUAACCUCAAUCACGUCGGACCUGGAGGUGCUGCACAUCUUCCCGACGCCGAACGCCGUCCUCUGGGUGGCGCUGGUCCACGUGCUGUGCUCGCAUCUGUGCUACAUCUUCAGCAAGUUUUCGUGCAAAAUCCACAUCCAGAGCUUCUCGAUGGCGUUCCCGAUCAACCUGACGGUGCCGGUCACGGUCACGCUGCUGCUGGUGUUCUGCGGGUUGCGCGAAGCGGACGUGUGCGUGUUCAACGGCUUUCUGCCGGACUAUCUGUUCUUCCGGAUGCCGCCGAUUUACUACCUGUUCGAUUACGUGGUGAACGAGUUCUCCUGGCUGUGGCUGUUGUGGCUGCUGUCGCAGACCUGGAUCACGCGCCACUUGUGGAUGCCCAAGAGUGAUCGGAAUGCGUCCACGGAGAAGCUGUUUGUGACGCCGAUGUAUAACUGUUUGCUGGUGGACCAGAGCGUGGCCAUGAACCGGCGGCGCGAGGAUCAGGAGGACUUUGUCAAGAAGAUUGACAUGGUCAAGGCGAAGGACACCGAGCGCGGCAACGAGAUCGACGCGCGGGCCAACGAGCGGAAGAACGACGCGAUCAAGCCGUACGACCGCAUCCCGCAGAUCUUCAUCUGCGCCACCAUGUGGCACGAGAACAAGGAGGAGCUGAUGGAGUUCCUCAAGUCGAUCAUCCGGCUGGACGAGGACCAGUGCGCGCGGCGCAUGGCCAUGAAGCACAUCCAGGCGUCCAAGGAGGACAUCGAUCCGGACUAUUACGAUUUGGAGACGCACAUCUUCUUCGACGACGCCUUCGUGAAUGACAAGUCAAAGUGUGAGAGUGCGAGCGAUUCGCCGCUCAACUCGUACGUCAAGAUUCUAAUCAACAACAUCGAGGAAGCGGCACUGGAGGUUUACAAAACCAAGAUGCGAAUCUAUCCGCCGACCAAGAUCGUCACCCCGUACGGAGGUCGGCUGAUCUGGACGCUGCCGGGUCGUACGAAGAUGAUCGCGCACCUGAAGGACAAAAACAAGAUUCGGCACAAGAAGCGUUGGUCCCAGGUGAUGUACAUGUACUACCUGCUGGGCUACCGGAUCAUGCAGCUGAACACGUCGCCGGAGCGGAAGAUGGUGAUCGCGCAGAACACGUACCUGUUGGCGCUCGAUGGAGAUAUUGAUUUUCAGCCGAAGGCGGUGUCUCUGCUGGUGGAUCGGAUGAAGGUUGAUCCGGACUUGGGAGCGGCGUGUGGUCGGAUUCACCCGGUUGGGACCGGGCCGAUGGUGUGGUAUCAGAUCUUCGAGUACGCGAUCGGUCAUUGGCUGCAGAAGGCUACGGAGCACGUGAUUGGCUGCGUGCUCUGCUCACCGGGUUGUUUUUCGUUGUUCCGGGGUCGUGCGCUGAUGGAGAACUCGGUUAUGAAAAAGUACACGACCAAGUCGGAUCAGGCGCGGCAUUACGUGCAGUACGAUCAGGGUGAGGAUCGUUGGCUGUGCACGUUGCUGUUGAAGCAGAAGUUCCGGGUGGAGUAUUCGGCUGCUUCGGAUGCGUACACUCAUGCGCCGGAAGGGUUCAACGAGUUCUACAACCAGCGGCGACGCUGGGUUCCAUCGACAAUCGCGAACAUUUUCGAUCUUCUUGGGGACGCCAAGCGGGUUGUGAAGACCAACAACAGCAUCUCGAUGCCGUACAUCGUCUACCAGUGUAUGUUGAUGUUUGGAACGAUUCUUGGUCCGGGCACGAUCUUCCUCAUGAUGGUCGGAGCUUUGGUAGCUGUGUUUCGUAUUGAUAUCUGGACGUCUUUUCUGUGGAAUGGAGUCCCGCUGGCUGGGUUCAUGGCCAUUUGCUACUGGAUGAAGCAAAAGUACCAACUGAUUGCAGCGUUCUUCAUCUCGGCUGUAUACUCACUGGUCAUGAUGGCCGUGCUGGUCGGUAUUGUGAUUCAGGUGAUGGAGGACGGAAUCCUAGCACCGUCUUCCGUGUUCUUCAUGUCCGUGGCACUGCAAAUCGUUGUAACAGGACUGUUGCAUCCCCAAGAGCUGGAAGCGCUCCCCGCAGGUCUCGUGUACUACAUAACCAUCCCCUCGAUGUACAUGUUGCUGGUGAUCUACUCGGUGUUCAACAUGAACGACGUGUCCUGGGGAACACGUGAGAACCCAACAGAGGCUCCUAAAGCUGCGGCGGUUCCACAGGCACCACAAGGUCGCAUGAACAAACUCCUGGGCUAUCUACGCUCGGGAGACCAAGAAGACGAAGGAUCCAUCAAUUUCUCCGUCGCUGGACUGUUCAGCUGUCUGUUCUGUACCCACCCAAAGUCAAGCGCCGAGAAGGAACAGAUUGUCCAAGUCGCAGCCUCACUGGCAGAUAUCAACUCCAAGAUGAAAGAUCUGGAACUGAAAUUAACCGGCUCCGUCACCGUAAUGAGAUCCGCCGUCGACGACGAGGACUGCGAUGAGCUGCGCUGCCUGGACGACCUGCACCAGGAAGCGGGCUCGCCGACGUCGGGAGUGUCCUCGCCGAUCCAAACCGUCAAGACCUCCGAGCUGGAAGAGCCCGAAAAGCAGAUCAACUACCUGCCGGACUGGCUGUACGACGUGGACUUGCGCAACGGCGACACCGAGACCAUCUCGGCGUCCGAGGAGCAGUUCUGGAUCGAGCUGAUCGAGCGGUACCUCAAGCCGCUGGAUCUUACGGAGAGGCAGAAGAACGAAAUGGCCAGCCAGCUGAAGAAUCUGCGCGAUUUGGCCGUGUUUGCGUUCGUGAUGGCGAACGCGCUGUUCGUGCUGGUGGUGUUCCUGCUGCAGCUCAACAAGAAGGAUCUGCACAUACAGUGGUGGUUCAACGCGAAGAACACGAUCAGCUUCGACGAGAGUACGGUGGAGAUCAUCGUGCGGAGGGAGUUUUUGGAGUUGGAGCCUAUUGGGCUAGUGUUUGUGUUCUUCUUCGGGUUGAUUCUGAUCAUCCAGUUCAUAGCGAUGAUGAUGCACAGGUUUGGGACGAUUUCGCAAAUUUUGGCCUCGACGCAGCUCAAUUGGUACUGCUCGAAGAAAGCAAAGGACAUGUCGUUGGACGCUGAACUUAGGGAGAAUGCGGUGGAGAUUGCGCGUAGACUGCAGCGACCUAAGCCGCAGUGGGACGAGGAAGACUUGGAGGACGAGCAGAAGGACAUUGGGAGAAGGGAUACGAUCCGGCGGAUUCUGUACCAGCACAAGAACAAGCAGGACUGGAGCAACCUGGAGGCCAACUUCAAGCGCAACUAUUACAAGGACGGUGACCUGAACUUGGGAGGUCGAUUAACUUUGAGCAGGAAAACCCUCAACGUUUUGGACACCCGUAGAAAAUCAAUGGCAGAGCAGAGGAAGAUUCGAAAGUCCAUCAUCAGGGGUCAGAACCCUUACGACACGGCUGGAGACCUCUGGUAUCAGGGUAAUCCCGGUGAAGACUCCAACCCUCGGAAAUCAUCUUCUCCGCCUGGUUACAACGGAAACGGGGUUGGUCGGGGCAGGUCCUCGGCUGGCAAUGGGUACAAUCCUUCGCCGAAGAGGGAGAGUAGGGAGCGUGGCCGCACGAACUAUGCCUACCAGAUCGAUGAGGAGUAUGAAGACUACUCCGACGAGGAUGUUGAGUUUGAGCAAGGUCCACCGAUGGAGAUGACGGAACGUCCAACGGAAAAGUCCAAGCGCAAAAGUCGUGUGGCGUUUGCAUAAUCUGUAAUCCUCGUAAAAACAAACUAAAUUUGUAUUGAUUUAG